AUGUGGCUGGUGUUAUAUGCGUUUCUGGCCUUGCCGCUGCUCGUGUGGCUCUACCAGGAGUUGACAACAUUCCGGCGAAGACGAUUGUUGAAAAAGUUCCAUGGACCCAAACGAUUGGCCAUCGUCGGCAAUGCCCAUCAGAUGGGUAAAAAUCCUACAGAAAUUCUCGACCAGCUAUUUGCUUGGUGGUACCAAUACGAUAAGGAUAACUUCAGCUUCUGGAUAGGACCUAAACCCAAUAUUAUGGUCACAAAGCCCAAGUACAUAGAGUAUAUACUCACCAGUCAGACCCUGAUAAAAAAAGCUUAUAACUAUGCUCUAACCCAACCAUGGUUGGGUUUGGGCCUAGUCAAUAGCAUGGGCAGUAGGUGGCACAAGCAUCGAAAGAUGAUUACGCCCUCCUUCCACUUCAACAUCCUGCAAGACUUCCACAAGGUGAUGGACGAAUAUUCCACCAAAUUCGUGCAGAAACUGAAAAAUGUGUCAGCUGGGGAUAGUAUUUUCGAUAUUCAGGAUCAGGUCGCCUACUUGACCCUAGAUGUAAUUUGCAACACAGCCAUGGGAGUGUCCAUUAACGCAAUGGAAAACCGAACGUCCGACAUAGCGCAAGCAUUCAGGGACAUAUGCGAAAACGUAAGCGUGAGGUCCUUCAGUGUGUGGAAGCGUAAUCAAAUGCUCUAUCGAUUGGCCCCCGACUACCCCGCCUAUUGUAAGACGCUGAAGACCCUUCGGGACUUCACCCACGAUGUCAUCGAGAAGCGCGUCAAGGCCCACAAAGACGGUACCGCUUCAACAAGCCAGGGCGAUGAGUUUUCCGGAAAGAAGAUGGCAUUUUUGGAUACCUUACUCUCAGCAACAGUUGACGGUCGCCCUCUGACUUCCCAAGAGCUGUACGAGGAAGUCUCCACAUUUAUAUUUGCAGGCCACGAUACGACCACUUCGGGAAUUUCUUUCGCUAUGUAUUUGCUCUCCAGACACCAAGACGAGCAACGAAAAUUAUUCGAUGAACAGCGCGAAGUGAUGGGUGACUCCGAAAUGGGUCGAGACGCAACCUACCAGGAAAUCGCACAAAUGAAAUAUUUGGAUCUGUUCAUCAAAGAGGCCCAGCGCGUCUAUCCCAGCGUACCAUUCAUUGGUCGCUAUACCGAAAAGGAUCAUUUAAUUGAUGGUGACCUCGUGCCAAAAGGUACCACCCUAAAUUUGGCACUCAUUAUGCUCGGCUACGAUGAUCGUGUGUUCAAGGAUCCCCACAAAUUCCGACCCGAACGAUUUGAGCUGGAAAAACCCGGUCCCUUCGAAUACGUGCCCUUCAGUGCCGGUCCCCGCAACUGCAUUGGCCAGAAGUUCGCCAUACUGCAGAUAAAGACCGUGGUAUCCAAGAUAGUGCGCAACUUUGAGGUUCUGCCCGCCGUAGAUGGACUGGAGUCUAAAGACGGAUAUCUUAAUACUACUAUGGGCUUACCCACAGCGGAGAAAAUUAAGAAAGAAGCAUAUCGACACAAAUACGAUCCAAUUCUGUCUUCCGCGAUCACACUUAAGUCUAUCAACGGUCUUCAUAUCCGAUUAAGGGAGAGGAACUAG